AUGUCGAAUUCCACAAUGUCGGACCCUCUACCUAUAGCUAUCGACUCGGUAGCCCUGGUCACUACUGAAUGUAUUACCGUUACCUCGUCCAUGCGGAAGCAAGCCCGCUGGGCGCACUCCUCCGUCUCCGCUAUCCUGGGCGGCAAUGGGGGGUCCCGCGUAUAUGAGCGAGACACCUCAGCACCACCAAGCCCGCGAAAAAGCAGUCAAUUGAUUGGCGCCGAUGAGGAGCAUGCUCUCGCUAAUCGAUGGGGUCUACGGGGGAAGAAGGGGAAGAGUAUGCAGGACAAUCCAUUGAUAUCGGCAUUCACUCGUCUGCGUAGUGAUCUCAAGAGCUGCAAAGAUAUCCACACCUUCGAUACUCCAGCACUCCUCCAUCCAUUUCUUCAGGUCAUUCGUUCUUCCUCUACCUCUGCCGCAAUUACAUCCCUGGCACUGAUCGCCAUCACCAAAUUCUUUUCCUACAACAUCAUAAAUAGAGACUCCCCCCGACUCUCUAUGGCGAUGCAACUACUCUCGGCCGCUAUUACACAUUGCCGUUUUGAAGGGAGUGACUCUUCAGCUGACGAGAUUGUGCUUUUAAGAAUCUUGAAGCUUAUGGAGGGCAUGCUCUCUCGCCCUGAGGGCGAGCUCUUGGGCGACGAGAGUGUUUGUGAGAUGAUGGAAACUGGUCUUAGCAUGUGCUGUCAGGGACGAUUAUCCGAGGUACUGCGAAGGUCUGCAGAGAUGGCCAUGGUCAAGAUGUGCCAAGUCAUAUUCAUGCGGCUUUCUCUUCUUGACCAAGAAUUGCCGACGGGACCAGCUCCCCUCGAAGACGAUAGUGCCAAGAAAGAUACAACGACAUUAAAGAUGGAUCCGUCUGUGAAUGGCGAUACCGUAACAUCGCAACAUCGCUCUGCUAUAAGCGCCGACACUGCAGCCGCAGAACGUGACAACACCAGUCGAGAGGGCUCCCCAGAUCAGGGUGAGACUGAAAAUGGGAACGCUGAUGCCGCGCCUCCGAACCCUGAUGAUGACACUGAAGACGAAGUUAUGCCGUACUCUCUGCCAUCGAUUCGAGAAUUGUUCCGAGUCUUAAUCGACCUCCUAGAUCCACACAACCGACAGCAAACUGACACCAUGCGGGUAAUGGCCCUACGAAUUAUCGAUGUCGCCUUGGAAGUGGCUGGACCAUCUAUCGCCAGACAUCCUAGCUUGGCCGCUCUGGCCAGGGAUGAUCUUUGCCGGUACCUUUUCCAAUUGGUUCGCUCAGAGCAGAUGGCUAUUCUCACAGGCUCUCUGAGAGUCGCUGGUACACUAUUGUCGACAUGUCGACCUGUGCUGAAGCUACAGCAAGAACUAUACCUUUCAUACCUAGUAGCUUGUUUGCACCCUCGAGUUGAAAUACCUCGAGAGCCAGGCAUUGACCCAUCUCUUUAUGAGGGUGUUCCACAAACCCCAAAAUUGGUUAAGCAGCCUUCAUCACAAGCGGACAGUGGUCGUGCCACACCUGUGCCUGUGAAAGAUAGACAGAAGUUGGGGUUGGAAGGUGGUUCUCGAAACCCCGAAGCUCGUGAAGCCAUGGUCGAAAGUAUUGGAGUCCUGUCGCGCAUACCUAGCUUCAUGGUUGAGCUUUUUGUUAACUACGAUUGCGAGGUGGAUCGAGCUGAUUUGUGCGAGGACAUGAUUGGUUUACUUUCGCGCAAUGCAUUCCCGGAUUCCGCCACAUGGAGUACAACCAAUGUGCCUCCACUAUGUCUCGACGCGCUCUUGGGCUAUGUACAGUUUAUAUAUGAUCGACUGGACGAUGACCCAGUACAGGGAAACUACCCCCCACAAGAACAUCUCCGCACCCAGCGCAAAAAGAAGAAGACCAUUAUUAAGGGAGCGCAAAUGUUCAAUGAAAAUCCCAAGUCUGGAAUUGCCUACCUUGCGAGCCAUGGUAUCAUCGAAGACCCCAAAGAUCCCGUUCAAGUCGCCAAGUUUUUGAAGGGCUCCAGCCGGUUGUCUAAGAAAGUACUUGGAGAAUUCAUUUCCAAGCGUGAUAACGAAGAACUGCUGGGUGCAUUCGUUGAUCUCCUCGACUUUUCAGGACGAAGUGUGGUUGAAGCACUCAGAGAGCUCCUUAGCUCGUUCCGCUUACCCGGAGAGUCCCCAUUGAUUGAACGAAUUGUCACAACCUUUUCAGAGAAGUACACCGAAAAUGCAAACCCAGAAAGUGUCGUAGACAAAGACUCCCUCUACAUUCUUACCUAUGCCAUUAUCAUGUUGAACACUGAACUUUAUAACCCGAACGUGAAGUCACAAAACCGAAUGUCGUUCCCUGCCUUUGCUAGAAACCUGCGGGGUGUCAACGGUGGUGGUGAUUUUGCGGAGGAAUUUCUGCAGGAGAUAUAUAAUUCCAUCAAGGAAAAUGAGAUUAUCUUGCCGGAUGAGCACGAGAAUAAGCUUGCAUUUGACUUCGCUUGGAAAGAAUUGCUUUUGAAAUCGUCAAGCGCUGGUGAGAUGGUGGUAGGUGAGACCAACUUUUAUGAUGCGGAGAUGUUCGAAGCAACCUGGAGACCGGUAGUUGCUACACUAUCAUAUGUGUUCAUGUCUGCAUCUGAUGAUGCUGUCUACUCCCGCGUUGUCAAUGGGUUCGACCACUGCGCGCAAAUCGCAGCUCGUUAUGGUCUCACCGAGGCAUUCGAUCGCAUUGUUUUCUCUCUUGCUUCUAUCAGUACCCUGUCAACAACUAAACCCCCAAGCACCGCACUCAACACUGAGGUUCAGGCCGGUAAGAAGAGUGUUAUGGUGAGUGAACUUGCUGUGAAGUUUGGUAGGGAUUUCAGGGCCCAGCUGGCCACCGUGGUACUGUUCCGGGUACUGCACGGCAAUGAGUCUCUGCCCAAGCAAGGAUGGGAGCACAUUAUCCGUAUUCUCAGCAAUCUUUUCGUGAACUCUUUAAUCCCGCCAUUUGACGCCAACCUUACCGCCGAACUCGACGUUUCUCCAAUUCCGCUGCAACUUCCAUCUCAGGUCGUAGACCGCGAUGGCCGCAAUACUGAUACAGGAUUAUUAUCUGCAUUUACAUCAUACCUCUCUAGCUACGCUGCUGAUGACCCCCCUGAGCCUUCAGACGAGGAGCUUGAUAACACCUUGUGUACUGUUGACUGUGUGACUGCGUGCUCCAUAACAGACAUUCUGACAAACAUCAAAUACCUCCCCCUGUCCUCUUUAGAGGUUUUGGUUGAGACUCUCCUGACUCAACUCCCUGAAGAUAAUGCACCUGCAGUUAUUGUCGUGAAGCGGGAAAGGCCAGGUCCUGUAUCAAGGUCAACGAGUGGCAGGGUUGACCCGAAUAAACCCAAAUAUGAUCCAUCGAUGAUAUUCAUUUUGGAACUGGCAACAGUUCUCACCCUUCGCGACGAGAAAACCCUCGAGACUCUUGGCGAGACUCUGGCCACCACCCUCCAGACCUUGGUGCGAGACGCUAAAAGCCUCCAUCCGCUGACUUUGUCUCGCAUUGUUUCCUACCUCUUCAACCUGUUGCGAGUCAGCCAUGAUCUACACUUCAUGCGAGUUCCCGUCGUGCUUCAUGCAAUUUCUGGCUACGAGCAAGAUAUCUUGGAAAUGGUUGCGACCCCUACAAUCAAGGGUCUUUCACGUUGCAUCAACCACACAGGCCGAUUGAGAAAUGAGAUCACAAUGUCUCCGGAUUUCUGGUCAAUCUUGCAAAGAUUGCUUUCGCAUGAAGAGGCCGCUCCUAUGACUUUUGAACUUCUCGAAGACAUCGUCGCAUCUAUGCCUGACAUUGUAACGCCUGACAAUUACGAGUGUGUUGUUAACCUCGCGAAUGAAUUCAUCAGCGCAGCGCAUGUAGGAUCCAUCGGUGAACGCCAAAGAGAUGCCCGCGCUCGGCGGACCAAGGGUGUGAAGCAGCCCAAGCCUGCUGAGAAUCAAGUCGUUACUCGGGGAAUCAAGGCCAUUGGGUUGAUUUACCAGCUGACUGGCCGAGUCCCCACGCUCAUAAAACAAUCUCACCUCGAAGAGCGUGAAGCUUGGGCGGCUUACUGGUCUCCUAUCUUCCAAUCUCUGACCAGUCAAUGUGUUAACCCUUGCCGUGACAUUCGACAUCACGCCCUUUCCACUCUGCAACGCGCUCUUUUGUCAGUUGAGUUAAUCUCAAGUGACGAUAAGGAAUGGACUACUAUCUUCGAUGAGGUCCUCUUCCCACGUCUCAUACUGCGACUUCUUAAACCAGAGGUCUAUCAUUCCGACCCUGUUGGGAUGGCUGAGACUCGAGUCCAAGCAGCGAUCUUAGUAUGCAAGAUAUUCUUGCGUUUCCUCGACCAGCUUAGUAAUCCAGACGGUGUUGUUCCCCUCUGGCUUCAAAUCCUGGAUAUUCUUGACCGAAUGAUGAACAGCGGUCAAAGCGAUAGUCUGGAAGAAGCCAUUCCUGAGAGCUUGAAGAACAUUCUUCUCGUCAUGGCUGACGGCGGGUACCUUGUCCCCCCGUCACAGGAUCCCAGCAAGGAGGAAAUGUGGCUCGAGACUCGCAAGCGUCUUGGACGAUUCCUGCCGGAUCUCUUUACUGAGGUCUUUCCCGACCCAGUCGAGGAGCCUGAAAAGUCUCAGCCAGCCUCUGCUAUUGCAUCACCCGCUCUGCCAAGCACUGACGUAGAGAAGGAGAGUGAUGAGAUUACCUCUCCCUCUGCCGAUGCUAAGGAGGGUUCUACAGGGGCCGCUGUUGAGGAUGAGCCCACUGAGGAGACUCCGCAAUAG